CAAAGAAAACGAUACUUUUUUAGGGUAACUAUACUAUUAUACUGCGCUUCUUAUAUUACACGUUUACAUACACAUAUUUAUCUUACUAUCUUACUAUCUAUUAUGAACUCUCUACUGCAGAUACGGCCGCCAUGUCAGCAGUAGGGAGGAGGAGGAGGAGGAGGCAGAGCAUCACCCGGGAGACGAUCUUCCUGCUGGUGCUGCGAACGCUCACCUCCGUAGGUACGAUGGAAAUGGUUCAUAUCAGAGGAAGGUGUUGCUCGAGUGUAUAGAUCAACGUUCAGUCGUAUAUUUCUACGACACCCAACCUCUCCACUCCAUCAAUCUCUACCUCACGUAUCCACAUGGCAGGUGGAGUUUCAUCCCAGAAUGUAGACCAGUUUGUUGGGCCAAGGAAGGGGUGUGUCGCUUCCCCUUCCGCCACGACGACCAAGAAUACAACUCCUGUCACCUACACGACCACCAACACGUGUGUGGUAUUGUUUACAACGCCAGCGCCCCCUACCUCCGUCCCUGUCUGAUGGAGGAAGAACUUAGUACCUGCAAGACUGAAAAUACCUCCUGUGGUGGAGCGCCGACUUGUGACGUCACGAUCAGCUGGGAGGCGGAAACUCUUCAUCUCAAUCUUGACCGAACGUACACACCGGUGGCCAACAACUGGACCCUCUCUAGUGUUCGGUUAAAGGCCUGCCCUGGCGAAUCGUUCAUCGUGACCUGUAACCACCAAGACCACGUCCUGAAAGUCGUGUACGGGAACGAGGGUCACCUAAGACACCGGAACCUGAAUAAAACAAGUCGGAGAUUGACCUGUCAGGGUAAUUACAAGACUGGUGGCUUCAGUACUAGGACCUUCAAUGAGUUUAUUGCCUUAACUAAUGAGAUUCUGUUGGUGUGCUACAAGAAUAGUGGUGGUGGUGAUAGUGGUGAUGAUGAUGGUAGACGUAAAACCACUUACGCAAUCACCACCACCUCUCCAAUCACCACCACCUCACCAACUACCACCAUCUAUGAAAACAUCACCAACACGACAACAAUUACUACCAUCACGACUAAUCCUGAACCCAACACCAUAUUUACCACACUAACGACGACCACCACGACCACCACAGCUGAAGAACCUACAACUACGACACUACGACCAGGAGAUACGACCUCGACGACAGAUAUUAAUGGUAUAUACUGUAUGGUCGUUUUACCUAUGGUGGUGUAUCGUGAAGUAUAUCUUGUGGUGUUGACAUACUGAAAUACACUAAAUUAUACCUUAAAUAUACUGAAAUAUAGCGUAAAUAUACUCGCUAUUCAUACAUAUAUCAAUACACUUAUCUUUCCUUCUCUAUAUCUAAACUCUACAUCCGUUUCUAUUAGUGUGUGUGUGUGUGUGUGUGUGUGUGUGUGUGUGUGUGUGUGUGUGUGUGUGUGUGUGUGUAGGCCACUUAGCAGGUAUAUUUCAGUCCACCUUUACUAGAUGAAACAUUAAUUAACCUCAUAAGACCCUUUAACACACCUUUAUAUUCCAUUAUCUCACCUGUACACCUGUGAUUAUAAAUUAAUUCUCAUCAUUAGAUCAUUAGUACCUAUGUUACCUGAUAUACCUGCAAUUACCUGUACUGUUAUUACCAAUGAUGUUAAUAUGUAAAUAAAUCGUUCAUUCAA